CUCAGGCUUUUAUUAAUAUAUACAGCUGAGAAAAUGAAAGACCUGCAGUGUUUAGCCUCCACCUGACUUGGUACAUUGGAAAUAUUAGAGUUCAAACAAAGAAAGUUAAGGAAUCCAACUAUUUAGUUCCAAGAUUGACUUUUUCAUGCCAUGUUUCUUUCCAGUGCCUUAACCUAGGUUCGGUGAAGCCAGCCUGUCAACUGGGAAGUCAGACCACGGAGUUCUGGUCUGGUAUCUAAGCAUACUGAAAACAAGUGGGGAACCAAUUCCUCCACCUUUAGUUCUACUGCAGCUAUAGUGUGGUGCAGAGUAACAAGCAAACCUGUUCUAGUCAGAGGCUACCAGACGCAAUCUCGUUUGUGGAGGAUUUGCAAUGCAUUUUCAAUAAGCUUCCCCUCCAAACCUGCUUAUUUACAAUCCUUUCCUUAAAAAACAAAAACAAAAAACCCUCUUUUUCCAAAAUGGUAAGAAACCCAAUCCAAACACUUUUCUGAAGGACACACAAUAUUCCAAGCGAAGUCCUCCUGUUUUCCUUCAGCUGCUCAUUUAGACUGCAUGUCAGGAUACAGGAUGCCGGAGCACACUCACAGAGUACUAGCUUUUUUUUCUUUCCCCAAGGUCCCCUGGUUGCCAUCGUGUGUGAAAUAUACGGAGAGAAAACUGCCUCCAUUCUUGGGGCUGUUCUUGUUUCUGGUGGAUAUCUGAUCAGCUGCCAGGCUACAAGCAUUCCCUUUCUUUGUGUGACUAUGGGACUUUUACCUGGUAAGUCAACUGUAAAAAGGCUAUAAAAAGGGAACUCGGAACCUUCCCUUUUCCUGUCCAUGGGCCCAAAAGGCCUAGUUUCAUGGUCUUGAGUCCAGGAGAGUAUCUGGUCUGGUAUAAGGGACUUCAUGUAAGUGAUUCCAAGCUCUAUUAUGUUUUUCUUUUUAGGUCUGGGCUCCUCUUUCUUGUACCAAGGAGCAAUAACAGCAAUUAGCAAAUAUUUCAAAAAUCGAUUAGCGCUUUCUACGGCUAUUGCCCGGUCAGGGAUGGGACUGACAUUUCUCUUGACACUUUUUACAAAAGUCCUGAUAGAUCUAUAUGACUGGAAAGGUGCCCUUAUAUUAUUGGGAGCCAUCACACUGAAUUUGGUGCCUUCGAGUAUGCUCUUGAGACCCAUCUACAUCACAAGCAAGAACAAUUCUGAUAGGAAAGAUAAAGGUAGCAGAAUGUCUCCAAGUGAUCCAGAGGCAGAGUGCGGGCCAGACACGUCACACUGCAAUGAGACACAGGAGUCUCCCUUCAGGGACAGUACUAUGCAGAAGGCUGGACAAGCUGGUACAAGUUUAAUAGACUCCCAAUACCAAAAUGAAGAGGUCAACAACAGGCUAAGCAGGAAGAGACUGUUCCUAAUAACUAAUGAAGAAAGUUUCAAGCAAAAGGCUACUUUGUGGAGCUGUAAACAAAAUCUUUGUGAUGUUUCUCUUUUAAAGGAUCCUUUCUUCUGCAUAUUUACCUGGUCUUUUCUCUUCAGUCACUUGGCAUAUGUGAUCCCUACCUUCCACCUGGUAGCCAGAGCCAAAACACUGGGGAUUGACAUGAUGGACGCCUCCUACCUCAUUUCUGUAGCUGGUAUCACUGAGGGAGUCAGUCAGAUUCUCUGUGGAUGGGUUGCUGAUCGAAACUGGACCAAAAAGUAUCAUUACCACAAGUCUUACCUCAUGCUCUGCGGCAUCAUUAACCUGCUUGCUCCAUUAGCCACCACAUUCUCACUACUUAUGGCCUAUACCGUCUUCUUUGCCAUUUUCUCUGGUGGUUACCUGGCACUGAUGGUUCCUGUACUGGUUGAUCUGUCGACAAGUUGUAUAAUACACAGGUUUAUGGGACUUGCCAGUUUCUUUGCUGGGAUAGCUGUCCUUUCUGGAUCACCGAUAGCAGAUGCCAUUCCUUCCUUGCAGGCUGGUUAUACGAUUACACCCAGACGUACGAUGGCUCCUUCUACUUCUCUGGCAUAUGCUAUCUCCUUUCUUCAGUUUCCCUUUUCUUUGUACCACUGGCUGAGCGAUGGAAAAGCAGAGUGACCAGAAGGAGAGACGACUGCAAUCAAGUGUGAGCUUAACAAAAGAAAAGCUAAACUAGUAAGUCAUUGGAAACAAAAGAAAACCUACAGGAAUAAGUCACUUGAAACAAAAGCUCAGAACAGUUUCCUCACUUGUAAAAUAAGAAGGCAAACCAAAUAGUUUUUAAGGUUCCCCUUUCCUUUGGCAUUCUGAAGAAUGUCUAACUGGUGGUAAGGAAGGGGGAAUAGAAACUGAAAUUAUGCCAUUUGUUAGUAUUUAGGUUAUAAUUUUAAUUAGUUAAAGCAGCUACCUUAGGUAUUAAAUGAAAAUCAGAAUGUACUGUAAUAAACUCUCAAUUGUGCAUGGUAAUUCAGUCAAUAAAAUAUGUGAUGACAGAAAAGCAUUUUCCUUACUUUAAGGAAGUAUUUUAUAUAUAUAUAUAUAUAUAUCUCACCACUGGUUGACCAGAACUCUGGAAUCUGAAAGAAUAUUAAAAUCUUGUUUAGUGGCUACGAUGUUAUAUACCCCCAAAAAGUUCAUCUUUGCUUACUGAUUAGAAGUUUUCUUUGCAUUACUUUGUUUCUUAAAUUUUCUAUAGUAAAUGUGUAUUGCUAUGUAAUAAAAAAUAAAUAAAAAUUGCUCAAAAAAUACCAUUUAUUUCAAGAUCAUUUGAAUAGUAUUCCUGCCCAACAUUACUUUUCAAACAUUAUUCUUCACUACAUCUAAUCAGCUAAAAAUAUUCAAGCUAAAUAUCUAUGAAAGUUGAAUAGGUGGCUUUUAAUGGGAGAUAUCCUUAAACUAAAAGAUGUUUCUUACAUAUGGAAAUAUUAUGUUAACCAAGUAAUAAUGUAACUUAGACUACGAAAUUACAUGUCAAUAGAGAGCCCUUCAUUACUCGAUUUAAGAAGGGAAAAGCACCAGCGUUCUCUGUCACACCGACCUCAUUCGGCACCCCCCUCCGAAUGCUCCUUUAAACUGCUAGUGCUGUCAUCAUCACAUCCUCCCAUUCGCUUCUGCUUUAAAAUAGCUGUUAAUUCCCUAGAGAAAAGUCUUAAACUGAAAGCCUGGUGUUCGCUCCAAAAUGCUCCGCGCUCCCACUCCCUGUGGAUGCCUUUGCGCAGGGUCAGCUACUCUCUUGCCUCCCGCCCCCUCCCCCACCCCAGGCAGUCUCACUUAUCCAGCCCAAUCUGACUCACUCAAAGGCCACCUCCUCUGGAAAACUCUCCCUGGCAUUAAGGCGGUCUCUUGGGGGAACCCAUCUAACUUUUAACAGAGUGCUAUGUGAGCUUACAUGUCAACCAUCUCCAUCAGUC